AUGGGAAACAACUGCGUGGGACCUGCCACCGGCGGCGGAAACACCUUCCUCCAAUCCAUGUCGGCGGCGGUCUGGAGGACGCGGCCGCCGGAGGCCAGGCUCCCGGCUCCAGACGGCUCAUCCACAGCAGCAGCCACUAGCAACAGGGAGACUCCGUCACAGUCUCCGGCGCCAUCAAUUCCCGCUCCGAGAACCACCACCGCGGCCGUAGGAGGCAGCAAAGUCCCCGAGCAAAUUGCUGUUCAGAGCACGCCUCCUGUAACGGUUAAAAUAACUGCCUCGGAAACAAAACCGGCCCAACAGGCCCAAAAACCGGCUCAACCCAAACCUACUCAUGUGAAGAGAGGUUCAACCAUUGGGCUUCAAGUGGAUUCUGUGUUGGGUACGACAACCGGGAACUUGAAGGACCGGUUUAGCUUGGGUAGGAAGCUAGGGCAAGGUCAAUUUGGGACAACUUUCCUUUGCUUGGAAAAGGGUACAAACAAAGAAUUUGCAUGCAAAACAAUUUCCAAGAGGAAAUUGACAACAGAGGAGGAUAUUGAAGAUGUUAGGAGGGAGAUUAGAAUCAUGCACCACUUGGCUGGUCAUCCAAAUGUGAUUUCCAUUGUUGGUGCUUAUGAAGAUGCCGUUGCUGUUCAUCUUGUUAUGGAGCUUUGUGCUGGUGGAGAGCUUUUUGAUAGGAUCAUACAGAGAGGGCAUUAUACUGAGAGAAAAGCUGCUAAACUUGCUAGGGUCAUUGUUGGUGUUGUUCAGGCUUGUCAUUCUUUGGGUGUCAUGCAUAGAGACUUGAAGCCGGAGAAUUUCUUGUUUGUUGACCAUGAGGAGGAAUCAUUGCUUAAGGCUAUUGAUUUUGGGCUCUCAAUGUUCUUUAAACCAGGUGAAAUGUUUACUGAUGUGGUUGGAAGUCCAUAUUAUGUGGCCCCUGAAGUUUUGCGGAAGCACUAUGGGCCAGAAUGUGAUGUAUGGAGUGCUGGGGUGAUCAUAUAUAUUUUACUUAGUGGGGUUCCCCCAUUUUGGGAUGAAACGGAACAAGGAAUUUUUGAGCAAGUUUUGAGAGGAGAGCUUGACUUUGUUUCUGAACCAUGGCCUAGCAUAUCUGCAGGUGCAAAGGAUCUUGUUCGAAGAAUGCUCAUAAGGGACCCUAAGAAGAGGUUAACAGCACAUGAAGUUCUUUGCCACCCCUGGGUUCAGGAAGGAGGUCUUGCUCCUGAUAAACCGUUGGAUUCUGCUGUUUUAUCUCGUCUCAAGCAAUUCUCUGCGAUGAACAAGUUAAAAAAGAUUGCCAUUCGAGUAAUUGCUGAAAGUCUCUCUGAGGACGAAAUUGCAGGACUGAAAGAAAUGUUCUCGAUGAUAGACACAGAUAAUAGUGGACAGAUCACUCUUGAGGAACUGAAAAAGGGUUUGGAGAGAGUGGGGGCUAAUCUUAAAGAAUCCGAGCUUCUAUGGUUAAUGGAAGCAGCAGACGUUGAUAACAGUGGUACCAUAGAUUAUGGUGAAUUUAUAGCAGCAAUGCUUCAUCUAAACAAAAUCCAGAAGGAGGAUCAUCUAUAUGCUGCCUUCACUUAUUUUGACCAAGAUGGUAGUGGAUACAUUACAAAGGAAGAGCUUCAACAAGCUUGUGAAAAGUAUGGAAUUCUAGAUGGUAACAUAGAUGAUAUAAUACGCGAAGUUGACAAGGAUAAUGAUGGACGCAUUGAUUACAGUGAGUUUACUGCAAUGAUGCAAGAAACUGACUUUGGCAAAAUUGGUCUACCUAAAGCAUGAGUAAAAAUUGUGGCUGGCUUCAAAUCAUUAAUGAACUCUUUCAUGGUCAUGCCAAAAUGAGGGAUAGAUGUUGAUAGAUAAAGUAUCAGAUAGAUAUAUAUAGCUAGCAUCAUCUUCAGAUCUCUUCCAUGUGCCAGAUUAUGUAAGUGCUUGCCCUUACACAAUGCUAGCUUUAGCUUCAAGGAGAGGAAGCAUGAACCACAUUGCUUAUAACCAGUCCUUUAUGUAUUUACAAAUCAUUUUCUUAGUUGAACAUAAUCAAGUAUGCAGCAGUAGUAGAUUAUCACAGUUUUCUUUACACCCUUUAAAAUCUAUUACCCUUUUUUUCUUGGGGGUAAAAUAGAUGUGGUAGAAUGAGAUCUCAUCAUCACUUUCAAACCAACCAUUUGCUCAUGCUGAAUAUCAUGUUGUAUCAACACAUGUAUUGAUGUAUAGACUAUAGAGCUAAGUAAUUUGUGUACCUUUUUUCUUUUUUCUUCUUUCCGUUA